GCAUUAUUCGCACACGGACGUAUUCCACGCCCUCCCGUAACUUUCUCCACCAUUCUUUAAUUUCUCGAUCGCUAACUAUAACUACUCACAUUCUCAUUUGCCCUAAUCAUCAGAACUACCGUAUUGAACCUCGCAUGGCUUCGGAAACCUCCGUCAACAUACUUGAGGUUACCCGAGUCACUCCAUCUCUACACUCACCUAAAUCUUCCACUGAAUGUUCUCUUCCUCUCACAUUUUCCGAUUUCCACUGGCUCAAAUUUCAUCCCGUCGAUCGUGUUUUCUUCUACGAACUCACUGAUUUAACCCCAACGUUCUUUAACUCCACACUCGUCCCUAAACUGAAACGCUCUCUCUCCCUCACUCUCCUUCACUUUCUUCCUUUCGCCGGGAACAUAACUUGGCCGGAUGAUCAGCGUAUUAUCAAACCUUUCAUUCUCUAUACUCCAAACGACGGCGUUUCAGUCACUGUUGCAGAGUCUAAUGCUGACUUUACUGAUAUUUCCGGUAACCAAAUUCGUGAAGUUGUUAAGUCCAGUCUUUACGUUCCUGAAUUGCCUGUAUCAGACUCAAAAGCUGCAACUAUUGCAUUUCAAAUCACAUUGUUUCCAAAUCAAGGUUUUUCCAUUGGUGUGUCUUCUCAUCAUGCUGUUUUUGACGGAAAAAGUGUCACCGUGUUCAUCAGAGCUUGGGCUAGUAUAUGCAAGCAGAUCCAGGAUCAUCAGCAUCAUCAGAAUACUGAUUCAUAUUCGCUACCGGAAGAACUAACACCGUUUCUUGAUCGGACAGUUUUUCAGGAUCCAUACGGACUCGACAUGAUUUACUUGAAAAACUGGUCAGAAGCUAAGUUGCCAGGUUUAAACCUCAACAACCCUCGAAGCUUGAAGCUAUUUCAACUUAAAGAUUCGAUAGAAAAUUCAUUCCGAGCAACAUUCGUGUUAAAUCUUGAAGAUAUAAAGAAACUCAGAAGAAAAAUAGUUUCUGAGUUAGAUAAUCCUGACAAUUAUUUCUCACGAUUUGUAAUCUCAUAUUCUUAUGCUUCAGUUUGUCUAAUUAAAGCAAUAAAACCAGAAAAGAAAACGAGGGUAAUUCUUGUUUUCACGGCAGAUAUUAGAGCUCGUUUAAGCCCUCCGAUACCUGCAAAUUAUUUUGGUAACUGUGUUAGAAGCUAUCCCAUGUAUACAGAAGCAGAACCAAUUCUCGCGCAGAACGGGGUUUCAUUUGUUGCAGAGAAGCUAAGUGAAAGGAUUAAAAGGUUAGAGACAGAACCGCCGGUUAUAUAUGAGGAGGCAAAAGAUCAGCUUGGAAGAUACAUUAAGGUGAUGGAGCAAAUGGCAAGUGGAGAUGAAAAACAAGAUGUAACCGGUGAACCGAAAGUGAUAGCGAUUGGGACUGCUGGGUCGACUAAUUUUCAGGUUUAUGGGGCAGAAUUUGGGCAGGGAAAGCCGAAGAAGGUGGAGGUUAGUUCUUUAGAGAACGGAAGUAUUUCUAUGGCGGAGAGCGGUGAUGGAAAUGGUGGAGUUGAGAUUGGUUUGGUUUUGGAAAAUAAGGAUGAAUUAGAGAAGUUUGAUUUUCUGUUUGUUAAUGGACUUAAAAAUCUGUAAGGGAAAGAAUUGAAUUUUCAUGGCUAUCUCAUAAGGAUUGAAGUUUUA